AUGAACGUUUCUUCUUCUCGUGCAAUUAUUCUACACCCACUUGUUGCGCCUAUAAAUGAUGACUUAUCAACAGAAGCUCUUGCAUUGGACGAAUGGCUUCGUAGUCUCAUCCCGUCGUUCUCGUACGAGCUUUCUUCGUUGAGUCUCUUGGACUUUACAUGCGAUGAGACUGUUCACGUGGUGUUAAGCUUCUUGGAUGGACCUUCCCUCUGCUCAGCACGCAGCGUUUGUCGCUCAUGGCACGAAUUGAGCAACGAUGAUCAGCUGUGGCUAAACUUGUGUCUCCAGGAGUUUCACGUGUCACCCACGCAGCUUACGAAGCAACCUGAGAGCUACCAGAAGCUCUACCAGUUUGCCUGCCGUUCGCUCAACAAGCUACUGCGUGACUAUUUGCACGAGCAAUGUCUCUCGAAUCUUCAAAAUUCACUGCGCAUCCCCCGAGAGGCAGCGCUGACGCUCAUUGCAUCACGCUCAUCCGUCUAA